AUGUCUUUGAACGAUCCACAAGGAGCGGAUUCAGAUUACCAGCGCGUCAAUAGCGAAUACCAGGCCUAUUCGAAAAUUUCGUCGUUACUGUUACUAGGAGUUCUUCGUGGUGGGAGCAGCUCAGAAGAAGUCGAUGAAGAAGGCGAUUUGAGUACAUCAUCAAACGCUGCACUUUCCCCGCCUAUUUCGGGUCCGCAGGCCGUUUCCACACCAAACCUAUCCGCUGAUACCACGUCGUCGCCGUACACGUCUAUUAACCCUUUUUCCUCACACAUGCCAUCCCCUGCAUCACCGGUGCCUCCGAAUAGACCGAGCUGCAGUUCAUCCGUGUAUACUUCUCAAUCACGAUCGCCCGCACAAGCCAAUACAUCAGACCCGGAAAAGCACUUGCAGACGGAUCAACAGGAAGGUGCGCCUAGGACUAACGAUGCCGAACAAGGCGCUGUCAGCCCGGAACAUCCAGACGAACAUGAACCAGAGCGACGAAAUCAAAGUACAUGCAACCAUGAAUUGCAAAAAACUCCUCACCCAGCGUUCAUGACAGACGAGGAAUUCGAGGCCCUACCGUGCUGGUCAGACGUGGAAGAUGACCCAGCAUAUAAUAUCGGUCGUACGAGACGUACUGUAAGCGACACAGAUGUGCGCCGGUAUAGAAUGGGCUUGGAUGCUGCGCCCUCGCAAGGAAUCCAGCCGGGAGAAACUACUACGCCACAUAUAAAUCCCCCGCCCGGCCUUUCCCCAACUCCGCGUUUCGCGGAAGCAUUCGAUCGGAUGUCACUACUCUCAUUGAAUAACUCUGCCUCUGGCCAGAGAGCCGAUGCAGUAGCGCCAGGCGAUAUCCCACCAAGUUACCCUUCUUCUAGAGCGUCAUUCAUUGGAACAGUGAAUUCCGAAUCUUUCAUGGAACUGCUCAGGGCGAGAGGUAGCUAUCCUGGCGAACUCAGACCCGACCCGAGCUCUUCACGAGAUGCCGAGAAUGCGCUUGUGCCAUGGAACGGCAGUGAAUGGAGCGUGUACCAUAUCGGCGACGGUCUGCCACCGCGAGACCCGCAGCGACAGAGCAUAGCGAGGAAUCAAACCGGCCAGAGAGAAGCAUGGAUUAUUACACCAGGUCGGCCACCAAGGUCAAGUCUCGAAAUUGCCAGGACCUUGGCUAGUCGUAGACUUCAGGCUCCUACGUUAUCACAUCUGAAUGAAAUUGACCAGGAGCCUGAUGGUUCGGAAUCCAAUGAUUUACCGCAAGUUUAUCUGCGAGGAGGAGCCGGCGAGGAGGACGAGGAGCAAUCGCAGCAUGAAUCUACGGCGCCGCCACGUGAUUCUACUCCGCCACCUCCCGAGAGAGUGCCGACUCCUUAUCCAGAGCCAUGGCUACAGCGUCUCUCUCUUCAAGGCGAUCAUCAGACGAUUCCAUUUGACCUCGCGCGUGCCACAAGCGUAUUUGGUCGCCAAGAAGCAACACCGCAUAGGUCCCCAUUACUAACCAGAUCGCGGUCGGCAGAGUGGAAUCAGGAUGGUUUGGGCGUUCUAUCUCCGCUUGGAAAUGUAGCGUAUCGGUUGGCACAUGAGGGGCGGCCGAGACAUCAUCCGACCAACUUGCAGCUUCGGAGAUACCUCGUCACACGUACUGAACCCCGCGAGGGAGAUGAGAUCAAUACUCGCACCAUAACCAACCAGGCCACUUUUCGUGCUCCCCUGAUCCGAGAAACGCCAUCUCGACAAGGAUCCUCCCAGCACGAAGGAUCCAGAGUCGAAGCACCAUCUUCGGAGCUGCAGGCUCCUCAAGACUCUAUCCUGUCUGUGCCUACGACCCCUCCUCCGCCAUACAACACUGUUGCACGUCACAACUCACAAACAGACCCAUCGAUUCAUUCCACUACAACCUGGGAGUUUGCGCCACCAGAACGGCCCCAGAACCCAAUAGUACAUGAAAUGGACAGUUUCGUAUCUCCAAGACCUGUUGCAAUCAGACGACAACGCCGCCGCCGCUCCUGUUGCGGUGUGGACAGAGACUCUUGCAAUGGCUGCUGUAGCCCGUUUUAG